GCUCACACCACACAGCAUAAAUCCCAACGAUGGCCAAGCACCACCCUGACCUCAUCAUGUGCCGCAAGCAGCCCGGCAUUGCAAUCGGCCGCCUCUGCGAGAAAGAUGAUGGUAAGUGCGUCAUCUGCGACUCGUACGUCAAGCCUCAGACGCUCGUGCGCGUCUGUGAUGAGUGCAACUACGGCUCGUACCAAGGCCGCUGCGUCAUCUGCGGUGGGCCUGGCAUCUCAGACGCGUACUAUUGUCGAGAGUGCACGCAACUCGAAAAGGACCGCGAUGGCUGCCCAAAGAUUGUCAACGUUGGCAGCUCCAAGACCGAUCUCUUCUACGAGCGAAAGAAGUAUGGCUUCAAGAAGCGAUAAACAAACCUGUAAUGUAUCCUGCAUUGCAAGUACGACGCA